AUAAGUAUGCAUGCAUGUACAUACAAAUACAUACAUCCCCUCAAUUUCUAGUCUUUUGAGCUCCAGCACUGCACUUGGAUAGAUCACGUUCUCAAUAUUUUUUAUUUCUACACCACAUUUGUGUAAAAUGCUUUUCAAAUCACUAAAUCCGAGUAUGUUUGUACCCGUUGUACUCUUGUGGUUGUCACUUUUGCGAUCAACCACCGCUCGAAGGCAAGUGGUGGUGUUGGACGUUGAAACUGAUAGGUUUCGGCAAUGGCAAAUUCGUGGGGAUUAUAUGUACGUCCCCAUAGGUCGUCAACUUUUAGAAUUCAAGGACAAGCUGCCAUCAAAGUUUCCAUUCACAAAUAAGUUCGUGAGGGACGCGAGGGGAAUUUGGAUUGUCCUUCCGAGCUUGGACCCAACUUUCGACACUCUGAACUCCACGGGUUGGACAAACACGGUGACAUUUUCAUUCUCGACGUCAGCCCAACUUCUGGAUAGUGUCAAAAUUGUUCACAACUCUGGAACUAACUCUACUGUCGGACACCCAGAGAUCACAGUCUACAUUUCUUCCACCAAAGUCCAUACGUUCACCCCACAAAAUGUUUCUGAUGAUUGGAUUAUUGAGACCGUUCCUUUGCAUGGCAGUAACAGAUUUUCCAUUGACGCCACAACUCAUGACGAGGGAGACUUUAUCCUCAUUGACAAAAUUGAGGUAGUAUUUGUCGAAACAACUACAAGCCCCAGACCUCCCAGGACAUCAACCACACCAGCUACGACUAGUAGAGGUCACAAAGCAGCAGGUCCAAGAGUGAACGUUGGUAUAAUUUCAAUUCAAAUCUUGAUGUUUACAGCAUUCACGAAAUUGAAAUUGAAUUAACAAAUUUGGUAAUCGCUAGUGUUUUUAAAACGUUUAUUUCGUUAUAAAAUUGUUUCUACAUUUACCUAAUAAUAAAUGUAAAAUAGGAUAAUAUGGAAAAUCUAACGAUUAAAGUUCUUCAAGUCUUGCA